GGGGGGUAUCAAUGUACGUAAGAAUCCACCAAAUCCACCAAAUUUACAUUUGAGCAAAUAAUUCUACCUAUAUUUAAGUUGAUAGACAUAAAUUUAAUACUGUUUCAAAAUGAGAGUACUUUCAACUCAAUAAAUAGAUAAUUGGAUAAACAAAACAUAGACGAUAAAGAUGACUAAUUACGGUCACGACUUGCUGGAAGAGCUUUGGAAGGAAAUUUUGGAAAUUCAUUGGCGCUAUUUAGAAACUGAAGAGAGCAUGAAAAAGAUCGAUGAGAGGAAGUUACUUGAAGGCCGUUUAAAAGAAUAUAUCAGUGUUGUUUCGCAUGACAGAAAGUUCUUUUUGCCUGAAACAGAACAUGUUUUGAGAAAAAGUAUAACGCAGAUGCCAAAUUUUUCAGCAUUUAAAGGUGCAGACGGGUUUGAAUCUGUUAGUCAUUAUGCAAGUAAUUUGUUUACAAAACCAUGGAGAAAAGAAUAUAGAGUUAUAAAGCUUUACUCAGGAUUCUAUCAUCAUGAAAUCAAAAGCAAUUUAAUGGAUGCUGAAAAGCUUUUCAUUGCGAUGGGCUACACACUUUUACCUAAUCAAACUCUUGUGCUCGAUGGUCCAAUAUGUCCAGAUCAAGUGACUAAUGUUAGUCGUGAUGCUUUAACUGCUUACGUCGAGUGUCAAAUAAUGAAGCAAAUCAGUGCAGAGCUGGCAUCUAUGAGGUUGUCAGCUUCAUGUAUCGAUAUUUUUAACUUUCGUGAAUGCCACAUUGGUGACUCAUCACAAUCAAUAAAAGGACUCGCCCAAAUAAUACAAUCACGUCAGAAUCUGAUGUUACGUAAAGAUACAUUUGCUUUGGCUAUUUCUGCACCGCCUUCGCAUUCAUCUUAUUCGUCUCACUAUAAUUACCAGCAGCUCAACCCGUCUCACACAGUCUAUAAUAAUCAUUGUAGCAUCCAUCCGUUUAAUCACAAUAAGACGUUACCUAUUUCAUAUUAUAAUUCUUCUUCUAUCUACAAUGUACCAUGUUCUAUGCACAAUAUGUCGAACAAUUGCGUACCUAAUUCUGUUUACUGUCAACCACUGCAACAACAUCAGUUGUUGCCACAUUCUAAGUCAUUAGAUGAUUAUGAUGGAAAAGUCCCUUUAAAUGGAUCGACAAAUCAUCAUCGUCUUUCUCUAGAUCAAAAUUAUAAAAUGAACAUGCACUUAUCACCUUUCCAACAGCAUCAACAACAAUCGGUACCACCAUCUCUUGAUUGUAUAGACGCAAUAUCAUUGAAUCAUCCGUACAAUCAACCUAAUGCACGAAAUCCUUUACCAUUAAAUUUAUCAUCUAAUUUAGGUCAAAAUCUGAAACAGGAGCAAUAUUAUGCCAACAAUCCGAAAUUGGAUCCCAUGUUGAACAUAAACAGUCAAUGUUCAGGUGCAGCAAGAUCUUUUUCAAACGAUUGCUAUCGCCAGGAAAUGAGUCCCUAUGAUCAUUCAACGGCGAAUGUAGCUGGGUACCAUCGAAAGCUGUACGAAAAAUCUGAUUCUUGUUCGUCAUCAAUGCCUGAGAAUGAAUUAGUCUCAUUUGGAAACGAAUCAAUGACAUUGAAGCCUAAACAAAAUGAAGUGAAAUUACGAAGUAGUCUUAAAAAAAACUCACAUUGUGGUAUUUCCGAUUAUAAUGAUGCUUUGGAACAUGAGAUGAAUGAGCUAAGGGCACUUCAACAUACAAAAAAUGAAAUGGCACUGAAUGAAAUGAAAUCAAAAGAUGGAAUUGGCAAUUAUCACACUUGGGAUUAUGUAUUUAAAAAUCUUGAGAAAGACACUAGAGCGAAAAACAAAAAUAUGAUGGGAAGUUAUAAUGAAAAAAUUAACAACCACAACCUGCAAUUAGAAAAUUUAAGAAUAUCGUCAACAUCAAAUGGAACUCAUGCUUCAAUUAAAAAUGCUUUGAAAAACAAUGAGAUUUCACAUCCAACGUCUGAAAUAUCAGAAAACCCAUCGCAAAGUAUCAAUCAUACUUUAUUAGUACAAACAACAAAACCACGUAAUAAGUCUUUCACUACAGCUACAGAAACGAAUAAUUAUGAACACAAAUUUUCAUCAUCUACAGAGGCAAAUGGUUAUCCAAAAUAUAAAUCAACUCUGCAGCCGCUUAUUGUUGUUCCACCAGGUGAGUGGAGUUGUCGUUUUUGCACUUUCUUGAAUCCCAACUCGAAAAAGAUUUGUGAAAUGUGUAGCAAAAGUAAAGAUUUUUAUCUUGAUGCUGACAAAACUUCAUCAACGACAGCGACAUGUGUAUGAAAUUAUUCCUAAUAAAUGUUUACAACGAUAAAAAUAGAAAAGGAAACAAAAAAAAAGUUCUACCAGGUAGUAAAGAGACAAAAAAUUGUAAGUUUUCACUUUUCCUUCUACUUAUUGACAUACAUUUUUUGGAUUUGUGCUGUGAUAAUGAUUCGAAGAAAUAUUUUGAGGAAAUUUAAGCAUGAGAAAUCAAUAAAUUUUAACUGACAGUCUUAAUAAUGAUGAUGAUUAUGAUAUUGAAGCUUUUUUUAAAUGAAGUUCUUCUGUAUUAAAAAUAAAUAUCUAUCAACAAUAAAUUUUUUUCAACUUAACAAAUAUCAUUCGUUUUGUUUCAAGUCAUUUUCAAUAUUUAUUGAAUUAAAAGAACAACACAUUAAUAUACAUAAAAAGUGAAAAUAAUAUUAAGUGUAUACUAAUGA